AGGAGAAGGUGUGAAGCAGGGCAAAGGAAAGCAGAGUGAAGGAAAGCUAUGAGCGACAGACAGCGAAAGACAGAGGGAGGGAUUGUCAUAUAACUUUACUUAUUUACAUAUGAUAUAGUAGUAAACAUAGUUUUUUUCACCUUUACGUUUAAUCCUCCCGGCUGAAACACGAAAGCCUGACUCUGUCUAAGUUUAUGUUAGUUAGCUGUCUGAUGUUAGCUUCUGUUCAUUAGCCCGCUGGUGACUUCAAACAACUUGUCAACAGCCGAUCGAUCCCAGGACCAACAGUGUUUCCCCUGCUGGCUUGUUUUAGCUGGCUCUCGUAGCGGGAACAUCCCUUGAACCAGCGGAGCUAAAGAGGAAGAGAAAGUCCAGCUAUGAUGGCUACGUGACAUGAGAUGAGCCGCUGGGUCAGCUUCAACAGGAACCAUGGACGGGUUUCAACAAACGGCGACAGAGCAGCACAGCAGAGUGAAUGGCUACUGCGAGGCCGGGUCUCCUCAGGGCAAGGCUGACGUCGGGUGGACGCCUCCGGAGGUAGAGUCGGCGGGCUCGGACAGCUGCGGGGCCGCCAGCGUUUCGGAGACGACCGACCUCCAAGAAGUAAAGACCAGAGAGAAUGAAGAUGAGGAGGACAAGGAGGAGAUGGGGGAAGUGCUUCCUUCCAGAGGUCUGAAAAAGGAAGAGAAGAAAAAACAGAAAGAGCGUGAAAAUCAGGACAGCGGUCACAACAGAGAGAACAAGAGUGCAUCAUCAAGCUAUACAGACCUUUCCCACACGUCUUCGCCGUCACUAUCAGAGCAGCUUCGUCUUGGCCGAGAAGACAGCGCAGGUCCUGGGAUCAGCGUGGAGUGUAAGGUCUGUGGGGACAAGGCGUCUGGCUUCCAUUACGGAGUACAUGCCUGUGAAGGCUGUAAGGGAUUUUUUCGGCGAACCGUGCGGAUGAAACUGGAAUAUGAUCGCUGUGAGCGUUCUUGCAAGAUUCAGAAAAAGAAUCGCAACAAGUGCCAAUAUUGUCGUUUCCAGAAGUGCCUGUCUUUGGGAAUGUCCCAUGAUGCGAUCCGAUAUGGACGCAUGCCUGAGGCGGAGAGAAAGAAGCUGGUGGCGGGCCUCCUCGCAGAGGAGCUAAACCUCAGCAAACCGGGUGGCUCCGACCUAAAGACAUUGGCCAAACAAGUUAACACAGCCUACCUGAAGAACCUCAGUAUGACCAAGAAGAGGGCCCGCAGCAUAUUGACCGGCAAAACCAGCAGCACCGCACCGUUUGUGAUCUACGACAUGGACACGCUCUGGAAAGCGGAAAGCGGGUUAGUGUGGAGCCAGCUGGUUCCAGGUGCCCCCCUGACCAAGGAGAUUGGAGUUCAUGUGUUCUAUCGCUGUCAGUGCACCACGGUGGAGACGGUGCGAGAGCUCACCGAGUUUGCCAAGUGCAUUCCAGGGUUUGUGGACCUCUACCUUAAUGACCAGGUGACGUUGCUGAAAUAUGGUGUUCACGAGGCUAUUUUUGCCAUGCUGCCGUCUCUUAUGAACAAGGAUGGGCUUUUGGUGGCCAAUGGGAAAGGUUUUGUGACGAGAGAGUUUCUGCGCAGUUUAAGGAAGCCCUUCAGUGAGAUCAUGGAGCCAAAGUUUGAGUUUGCUGUCAAGUUCAAUGCUCUGGAGUUGGAUGACAGUGACCUGGCCCUGUUUGUUGCUGCCAUUAUUCUCUGUGGAGAUCGUCCUGGGCUAAUGAACGUGAAGCAGGUGGAGCAAAGUCAGGACAGCAUCCUCCAGGCCCUGGACCUUCACCUCCAUGCGAACCACUCUGACUCUCUCUACCUCUUCCCCAAGCUGCUUCAGAAGAUGGCAGAUCUUCGGCAGUUGGUUACUGAGAACGCUCAGCUCGUCCAAAAGAUCAAAAAGACUGAGUCGGAGACCUCGCUCCACCCUCUACUACAGGAGAUCUACAAAGACAUGUAUUAGAAAAGUCUCCAGCGCAGACUGAUUCUAAAGCAAUACUGUUACAGAUAGAAUCUUCGGUUGGACGAUAACACACUGCAUUCAGUGAAAGCACUGUUUUCCAUACAUGAGCAUGGAUUUUAGCUGACAGAUGAGGCAGGUUCACUUUGUUAGGGCUAACACAAUCAGCAUAUUUCCCACAGUAUCAGCGUUGCUCUCACUGUGCGAUGAGCAUCUGGAAUCAUUUGCUGCAAGCCUUAGUUUCUCACAACGGCCACCUAACAGGACGAAUGAUAUGUUUUCUUAUAAAGGCUGCUCCUGUUUCAUCCUCAUAGCAAAGCUGACCCCAGAGCAGUGUUUUGAGAAAGAGGGAGAGAACUUCCCCUCGUUCACCUCAGCUCUGUGGUUUGCUGCAAAAAGGGUUUCAUGUUCCUACACCAGUGGCAUAGUUGAAAUGGAAGAGGGAUAUCAGGGUUUUUCUUUUCUGAAAGAGUGAUUGUAAUUAUUUUUCAGCAUUGUAUUAAAACUGAAGAUGCACAAAUUGAUAUGUGUUUACAUCAUAAUCACCAUCAUCAUUAACCCUUCCACCUUGCCAUUUGGUUUGAAGAACACAAACUGGGCUGGCUCCAGCAGUAUAGAGCUUUGAGUGUAGCUGUCUGUGCAAUACCAUUUCUGUUUGUCAAUAAAUGUGAAAUGGAACUUAUUUAGGUUUUGUCUAAAAAGCCCAAGUGAAAAUAGUUAGACUGAGCAGACACUAUAGGCAGGUAAUUUGCAAAAGUACAAGGGACAGCAUGUUUUCUUUCUUUCAAUGAGAAAACUGAACGUGCCAUUGUCAGAAUUUUUUUAUUAGCGCAUUUUUCUGUGAUUGUGUUACAAAUAAUUUGUUUUUGUUGAUAUUGUAAGAGCAAAUUAUGAAUUAUGCCAUUUCAUGGAUUAAGUGUAUCAUAUAUCCAUGCCUACCUGUUUAGCUCAGAUUUUACCAAAUAUAUCAUCACGCAAACCACCAAAUUUUUCUUGAACAUGAAUAUUUAAAUCACAUGCUGCAGGAGGAUUAACAAGAAACCAGUAUACGAAACCGUUAUUUUGUGGCUGGGAGAUUAUAUGAUGAUUGAAAGUCAAUAUAUAACAUUUGAACUUUUGUAUUCAAGAUAUACAAAAUCCACAAAUACUG